CUUUUUUUUUACUUGAGCAAAAUCUUUAUCUCAAAACUUUAAAUCUCGUUGUAGUUCUGAAAAAUAAAAUUUAAUUAAAAAGAGUGAUGGGAAGAGGAGCGAAUGCAUUAAACAAUAAGAAGCGUGUACUGGCAGAUUUGACGACGUUUUUAUAAAAACAACGCAAGAAGACGGUGCACGGAAAUAAAGCAUAAUAAUGUGCCAUGACAAUCCAGCGUCUGUGAAUAAAGGGGGUCCGGGGGAAAAGCGACGCGUGCCAAACGGGAAAACACUCAUAACGCUUCGCUCCCCUUUUUCCCAGCUCCUUCUUCUAAGUCGGACCCUCGUGGCUUCCUCCUGUCAAUAUGUUUCCCGCUCGACUUGUGCUAUAAUUGUGUCUUCCCUCUGCGGACCGCCUGCCAUCUACACACUCGUGUGAGUGUGUGAGUCGGCGGGGUUAAGGAGUGGAGGUAAUGCCAACCAGGACACUUUCAGUUACUUAGCCCAAGAAACUGGGGAGCGUCCGUUGCUCGGGGACCGUACGACUAAAGGACUAAACGACUGAAGGUCUGAAUCCGAGCCAAGCGUUUUCCGCCCUGUUUUGUCCUGUUGUUUCAGCAACUUACAAGUGGCCGAGAAAGGAUAUCCCAACUGAAGCUAAAAUAAUUAGCUGGGGGCCAAACAGGAAUUGCAAAAAAUGAGAUGGCCACGAGGGGCAGCUCGAAGAGAUAAAAGAAGGAUAAAACAGAGACAAAGAAUGUAAAGCGAAGCCAGAUGCCCAGGAUGGGGAGACGUCACAAACACUGCCAUCAUCGGUUGUGCGCUUCAUCUUCAUCUCCGCUGCAGCGGCUGCUGGAGCUGCAGCUCCUUCUGCCGGCGCUCCUGGUCGUCCUGCUGGCCACCACCCUGGGACUCGCCUGCCGCGUCUCCGAGUUCUCCUGCAAGGGCAGCGGGAACAGCGGCACCAUCUGCGUGCCCCUGGACAAAUACUGCGACGGACGCAGCGAUUGCGCCGAUGGCAGCGAUGAGCCCAAACAUUGCUCCGUCUGCAAUCGUACAUAUUAUGGCGAUAUCGGACGCACCUAUGCCAUAAAAGUGCCAACGCCACAGUGGAAUAAAUUGCCCUUCCUCUGUCACUUGACAUUCACAGCAUCCGGUCAUGACCAAGGCGACAUUGUUCAGAUCAUCUUUGAUGGCUUUACCGUGGGAAGGUUCGACGAGGGCAUGGUCGACACGGAUGUGGAUGGUUAUGAAACGAACCUCAGUCCCACGGGCGAGUUGCCAGGAUGUCCCGAGGGUUUCAUGCAGCUCAGCGAAUUGGGACGCCCAUUCACCGGCGGCUCCUGGUGCGGCAAGGCCACCGGACCGCAAUUGUACUUUAGCGAAACAUCCACGGUGACAGCCUCGGUGAAGGUAUUUCAUCCGCCACGCAAUAUCCGAGACGAGAAGCCCUUUGAGUUCAGCAUAAGAUAUAAAUUUAUAAGCCAGUCGGAUGCAGUUGUGAGAUACGGCCUGCCCGAUAAGCCGCUCGAAUUGGGCCGUGUGACACCCGGCACCUAUUGUACCAGGCAAUUCGACGAGUGCUAUCGGAACAAGUGUCGCCUGCAAAGUCCGAAUUAUCCUGGCAUGUAUCCCAGGAACGUUACCUGCUACUGGACGAUCCGGCAGAAGGAAGUCCCGACCAGCAAGCACGCCAUGAUUGCUGUUAGCCAGGAAAAUCAGCACAAGGCCUUGGUGAAGCGCUCAAUAGCCAGCUUUAAUAAAACCUCCCGGUCCAUUCGAGCCUGGUCGGACUGUACAGGUGAACGGGACCAUUUAAUUUUCUAUGACGGCAGCUCCACCAACGAUCCUGUUUUGGCCAAAUACUGCGGAGGAGAUUGGUUGCCACGCGUCGUUUCACGCGGUCCUGAGAUGUUGGUGGCCUUUCACUCCAGCCCGUUUUCUGCGCCUUUGCAGCAGGGAAUUCCAAAUCGAGGCUUCGAACUGGACGUGGACAUACUCUUCACCGACUCCGACUCAUUUGACUUCGCGCAGGGCACCAAGAACCUGUGCGAGUUCCACAUAAAUGCCUCGAAUCCAGAUGAUGUGCUAUUCUCGCGGCGCGGCCGCAUGGGACGCAUUGUGAGUCCGCGUCACACGCUUCCGCCGAAUACGACAUGCACGUACCACUUUCACGGAUAUCCUGGUGACCUGAUUUGGUUAUCGUUCACCAGCUACAAUCUGCAGAUCCUGCAGCAGGCGAUACACGACAACAAUACGCUGGGACGGAGCGAUCUGCCACCGUGGAUAACGCGCCUGAGGAUGUGGGAUAGCUAUGGGACUUAUGUGCCCAUGAAAUCGACAAGUUCCACAACCGGCCAGCCGCCCCCACCACCCCCCGUUGCUUCCUCGGCGGACGGGGGCAAGCCCACCCUCUUGAACCAGAGCAACUACGGCAGCUACUACUACAGUGCCAGCAACCCGAAGCUGAAUCGGAACCUGCGGGUGAACAUCGACAACGCCUGGAAUCCGGUGGACACCUACAUCUACGGCCCCACGCAGUCGAGUGUUUUCAACCAGGAGAACAAGUACAGCGGCUACCAGGGAGGAGGUCCUGGCGGAGGAUCAGCUCUACCACCCGGCUCUGGUAAGCCCCUAUCCGGGGUCAAGGACAGCCUCAACUACAUUUCCAGUGGCAAGUCCUCCAAGGAGGUCUCGGCAGCUGCGGUCGUCAGCUCGGAUCGAAAUAGCGCAGUGGCCCUGAUGAGCACCAAGGGAAAGCGACGACUCAUGCUGGAGAUCUACGACUACGAAACUCCGAAGCUGUGCGAUCACACGGCCAUAGGAAGCGGAGUGAGCGGAAGUAGUGCCGUGAUGGGGGGCAAUAAACAGAGACCCUGCAGUCCGCUGGAGAGCUAUGUGAGCACUGGACGAGAUUUGAAACUGGAGUUCCACACGCACACAGGCACCGCCUUAUUCCCAGCACAGUUUGCUCUGAACUACGAGUUUGUGGACACGGAACAAGGUGGCGAGACCUGGGCGGGAAGACGCGGAGAAGAUCCGGUGCCGCCACUCUGCUCAAGAAUUUUCAAGAAGCGCAAGGGCAACAUCCAGGUUCCCAGGAAUGUGUUUCUUUACGGACGAGGUGGAGCCAAGAACAUAACCUGCUUGUACCGCUUUGAGGCAGGUCCUUCGGAGAGGGUGAAACUGGUCCUGCAUAACGUGUCCUUUGGAGAGGGUACAGCCUGUACCACUGACUCGGAUCUGCAUACAGGCAGACCCCGCUGCAAUCAACUGGAUCCCGAGGGCCGCAUCACGGAGCUGCGACUGUUCGAUGUUCCAUUUAGGGACGUGAAAAUUCAAUUGGGCUGCUUCUGCGAUAACUCCAGUGCUUUGUACAGCAACGCACCGCUCACUUUCGUUUCACAUUCGAGGAUUAUGGAGCUCUCCUUCACGGUCACAAGAUUAAAUAUAUCGGAGGACUUUGCGGAUGUCUUCUUCUCGGCUUCCUACGAAUUCAAGAGACAACCGGACUGCAGGAAGCAGUUGAAACUUAAAGGAGCAGGUGGGGAGGAUGAACUCAAGUACCCCUUAAAGACUCAGGACGCCAGUUGCGAAGGCCUGGCCUGGUACAUCGAAGCCCAAUCGGCGGAGAGGUCGCUCUUCGUUCAGACCUGGGGCGCCUAUCUGCCCGUUGAUCCCACCUCCGAGGAUGCCAUGCGGUGUCACACCAAAAACCGCCUUAUGAUAUACUCCGGACGACCUCUGCGACCCAUGAGGGUGGUGUGCCCGGCCCAAAGUGGUCCGCGUCCAAUGUCGCUGCACAUCUUCUCCGAGGACUGGACCAAUGGACAGCCCUUGUUCAUGAACAAACCAAUCAGCCUGGUGCUGGAGCCAAUCCUGAAGGAGCCCGGCGACAUCUCCUUCACGUGGCUCGAGAUCCACCGGACCAAGAACGCGCUGCUGCAGCAGUUGGACCUGCAUGUGAACGCGAGCGUGACCACAGGCAUGGGCUCCCAGACCUCCUCCCAGUCCGCAGCGGGCUCCAACACGGGUAUUGGGGGGCUGGGCUCCAGUGGGUCGGGAUCUGCAGCCAACGCCGGAGGCUCUGCAGGCGGAGCAACGGCCAACGAGACGUUGAACGAGUUCGGCUUCUUUCCCAAGGAGUCCGACUGCGAAUACAAAUGUCCUGAAAUUGAUGCAUGCAUUGCGGCCAGCUUGUGGUGCGAUGGCCACCACAACUGUCCCAGCGGGUUCGACGAGUCGGAGGAGGAGUGCGGCACCGCUCGUAAGUUGCUGGAACUGCCGGGCGGAGUUUUCGCCGCUCUCGGAUGCAUUGCAGCAGCCCUGACCGCCUGCCUGAUAUUCUGCAUGUUCGGGCUGAUGAGGAAGCGGAAAAAGUCGGUGGUGCAGAAGGGCGCUGGAGUGGGCGGCAUGGGUGGAAUGAGCGGAAUGGGCGUGGGCGGGAUGGGCGUGGGCAUCGGGUUCAUGAACGGAGCCAGCAACGGCAACGUGUCAGCCGCCAGCAUCGGAACCCUGAAGAAGGACUUCAAGAAGGAGGCGCUGUACAUCGAUCCGGCUUCCUGACACGGACUACAGCCGGUCGAAUAUAUCCACGUGGACCGGGAAACCACCGUGUGAUAUGUUGCCGCCGGCUGUGGCAUUCCCUAUGAUCAUGUGGAGCUUUCCAUGGAGCUGGCCUGACCGAUGGAUCAGUCCGCUGACCCCGUUCACAAUCUGGCCUGGAGAUUUUAAAGAUACAGAGUCGUUGCCUCGAGGUAUGAGAACACUAAAUGAAACUACAUUUUAAGCCGAUAACUUUUUCUAAACGCUUCUGGGAGGAACAAAAUGCGCAUUAGCGAAGUUGUGGGUAUGAAGUCAAAAGGCAAAUAGUAUUAUUGAGUUAAUUUAGUUUGUAUAUAUUAUUUCAUUUUUAAUCCAAAUAAUUCAAAAAGCAUUGAAGGAGUCAGGACUGGGCACUCUAAGAACUUAUUUAAGGUAUCGAAAACUUCGCAGAAAUGGUUUUUAAGUUUUAACUUUAACUAAAUUCGAAAACAUCGAAUUUUUUUUCCAUUAUUAGAAUCUUUCAAUAUUAGAAAAUUCCCUUUUAAAUUAAAACUAAAAAUAUUUAUAUUGCACACAUCAGAGGUUUCCAAAUUAAAAUCAAAAAAAGUAAAUUCCAAUUAAAAUGAAAAUCAUAAGAUUUGUGCAUAAAACGAUAAAAUCACAAUCAAUUCUUAAAAACUGAAAUUAUUAAAAGGAAUUUAUUUAUCGACAUAUGGGAGCCAGUCUUGCCCUUUAGCAAUUUUUUCCAUUCGAUUAAAAAAGUUAACAACUCUUUAUUUCAUAAGACUACAUACGCAAGCAAAAAGAGGAAGUAAAACUAUUGUAAUUAGGUACCUUUAAACCGGUUAGAUCAGAUAGAGAGCAACAAUUCGUGGGCGGUUCGUAGAUGACUUCGACAUAUUUACCACAUAGCACAUAGCACCCACUAAAGGAAGUAAUCCAAUGACAUUUAGCAACUAAAUGGAAGAUCAUGAAUUACAAUGAAAUUGUACAGAAGAGCAACUCAAAGAGCAGAUCCCUAAGUGUAGGGCCAAUCUAGCAUUAUUUUUAAGAGAUUAGACUAGGCAUAAAACUGUUAGCAGCAUUUGGAAAGGAGUUGGGGAAGGUCGAUGGGGUCGAUGGUAAUCUCUACAGUGUUGUGAUCUAAGGCAUGCACAUACUGAACUAUGUUUAAACACUAUGAUUAAAGUCGAAGCAUUUACAUGAUGAGUACUCACAACCGCAGGCGUAUAUUGUAUAGGUACUAGCUAAAUAGUCAACUAAGAGGGCAGCACUUUUCUGUUAUUAUCGUACAGCACAAACACAUAAGCAAAGGACAUCACCUAGUGGUUUAUUAUAUACAAGUCGAUACAGAGAGUUAAUUAAAUGCAAUUGUUAUUAAUGAAUUAAGUAGAGCUCCAGCCCAGAGAUAUGUUCACUGCACCUUAAUCGAAAGAACUGCCAAAGGAUUAUACAACAAAACAAUCAAUGUAAAUAUUUCUGUCGAGCAAUUACUUGUUUUACGUCAGCAUUUAUGUUCGUAAUUUGAACACAAGCCGAUUCCCUUAAGUAGCUGUGCAGUGAGUAUAUUCCUAAAGUUAAUAGACUUUGUAAAAACUACAAGCAAAGAAUAAUAAUAAACUGUAUGCAAAACUACCAUUUAGGACACGGCUCAUAACCCAUAUAAACAAUCAAACUUUUGGCAGUUGCAGUAGGAUUAAGCAAACAACACAAACAACACCAAGAAGAAGCGAGAAAAGGACGUUGGUACUUUAUUUUAUAGACACUGAACUAGGGCAAAAAUUAUAAAACUGAAUACUGAGAGCAAAGCAAAUACUGGCUGCAAUGGGAAUUUUAAAAAUUUAAAAACCUCUGCCAAUGCAGGCAAAAUCCACAUCCAUAAAAACCCAUUAAAAUUUCAACUCCAAUAAAACUUUGCCGAAAACCAAGUGUAUAAAAAAUAUAUGAUUUAGCCAGCAUAAAAAGUAAAUGGAAAUAUAUACAUAAAUUAAAUCAAAUAUUUUCGGUUGGCAUUUUUUGAUAGCAAAUAACCUAAAUAUUUAUAGCUAAAAAGAAAGAAAAAUUAACAAAACGCACUUUGUACAAUUUAAUAAAAAACGAGGAGCUAUUAUUUCCCGACACACAGCAUAGCAUACACAUAGGAUAUUUUACACACAUUCGAAUAAGAAAUAAAAUAAUACCGAAACAUAUAUGAGAACGAAAAGAAUUAAAUUAAUUAAAAAAGGCGCAUAGGCCAAAAAUGCAUUUUUACUGCCGCCAAUUGAGGACAAAACAAAAAAACUAAAAUACGGCUGGCAGGGCAUUUAAAUAGGUAGCUUUAAGCCCAGCUGAAAAUGCUGUUACUACUUCGUUGGCCACCAUUGUCACAAAACCAUCUCACAAAAACUCACAUCUCAGUCAUCAGUUCGGUUCAGUUCCUUCUCUCAACCAAACCAAACUAUGGAAAUUUCUGUGCCAACUGUGUUUAAAGUAGAAUUCAAAGAUAAAAUACGAGUAAGAAGAGAGCGGGUGGAGAAAUUGAAUUAUGACCGCACACAUAAAACAUUGCAUAUAAUUUAUUUGAAUUGUUCAAAAACAAAUGAAAUGUAGACGAAACGAGAAGAAACUGUGCGCGAUGGUAAAUAAUAAUAUAAUACAGACAGCUGUGUAAAUAGUCAAAAUGCGUACAGUCUACGCAUAUUUAAUUGAAAACACAAAAAGUGACCCAAUGAGACGGAGUUUGGAAAAGGAGAUCAUGUCUUAUGUUCAAUUUCUGACUUCACCCGACUUUUCUUUUAUUUUCUUUUUCAUUUCUUUUCAUUUAUUUUCUUUUCGCCGUUUGAUAGCGUAAGUUUCACUUGUAUGAUAAAUAAAACUAAACCAAAUAUUUAUAUAGAGAUAUUAUACGUAUAUGAAAAUGAAACCUUAAGUUAAUGACGCACUGAAUCAAAUAGAUGAAACGAGUAUUUAAAACCAAGACAAUUGAAACCAAAAGGAACUUUAAGCAAAAAUAAAACCGAAGAAAAAAUGAAACCGAAA